UGUUCAAAGGUUCAAACACACAGUCCGGAAAGGGGACAUCGGUUUUAAGCAAACCCUCUGACUAGAAGGCCAGCCGGGUUGGCUUCAUCAUCUAUCAGCUUAUUGCUGUGCCCUUAGGCCAGCGUUUCAAAUGAACAUGUCUCUUGCUCAAAGAGUCCUCCUGUCAUGGAUCUUCACACUUAUAUUCCUUAUUAUGCUGGUCCUGAAGUUGGACGGGAAGAUCAUCUGGAACUGGUUCCUCAUCUUCCUUCCUGUCUGGACCUUUGAUCUUAUUCUCCUCCUCAUGCUCAUUGUCAAAAUGGCUGGCCGCUGCAAGCCGGGGUUCGACCCUCGCAAUGGGGCGGAGAACUUGAAGAAGCCCGUGUGGUACCUCGUGGCCAUGCUGCUUAAACUGGCAUUUUGUUUGACGCUCUGUGCCAAAUUAGAUGGCCUAAUGGACAUCUUGGUGAGCUCGGUUUGCUUCCCUCUGUGGGCACUGCUCAUCGGAGCUAUGGUGGAGCUGGGCUACAACGUUUUCCACUUCAGAAGAGACUGAACAUAUAAACAGUGUUCUUUGAAAGCCAGCAGAAGUCUUUACUGUAUUCUUCAGGAAUAAAAUCAUCUCGAAAGUAGAUGUUAUUCAUAAAGAAGGGAAUAUACAACGGACAAUAAGAAUGUACAGCUGUUUCAAGCUCUUUAUCAGGAAUUGCUUGUUUCUUUCAGGCUCAAGAGUGACUACGCUGAAUAGCCUACGUUUCAUGUUCACAGUGAUGCAGGGAGGGUUAUGAAUUUUGGCUCAGUCGUGAGUUUCCACUCAGGUGACAGAAAUGACUGAUUGUGAAUGUUGCUCAGAAUAUUUAUUGCAUUUUAGUGAAACACUGAGAUCAUUAGUGGCAUACCAUAAUGAACAUUUGAAAAAUAACCGUUAACGUGCUGCGUACACAUGGUUUAUUCAACCAGUACUGUAACACAACAUGGUUUGCUAAUGGAAACGACACAUGUUCUACAAUAAUGGUGUAUAUUUAUAAAUCUGUGUUUCUUUAUCAAACACUUAUGUUUUGCAUUGCAGAACUUACAUAAUACAUGUUUAUGAAAUGUAAUUAAUCAUUUUCUCUUGUAUAGAGUGUGUAAAUAAUAAUAUUAAAACAUAAUAACAGCAUCCUUUUAAUUA